AUGGAAUAUUUUAUUAAAUUUAGUGACAAUGGGAAAUUGUGGUUGCCUAAUCCUCGCAGUGUGAUAUGUAGUAAGCAUUUUGUUGGAAACAAGCGUUCAAAUGAUCCUAGAAGUCCUUCUUAUGUACCUUCACUAUUCCCUAAAGUGUACAAGAAGAAACUAACUGAUUCAAACCAAGCGGAUGAAAGGUACAAACGGACUUUAAGCAGAAAGAUUCGAACUACAACUAUAACAGAAAAAAUAGAAACUGAUACUGAAAAUUGUUUUUUGGUAGAAAAGAACUGUGCUUCACAGUUUGCAAGUGUUGGCACUCAAGUGGGUUUUGACAACUGUGGCAAUAACAACUUUAUUUUUUCUUGUAUUCAUGAAGGUAAUAGCGCUUCCACACAAGCUUGUAUUCCAUUUUCAUUUUUAAACCAUUUGAAUAAUGGAAGUAAGCCAACACCUUCUGACAAAACUUGUGGUGUAGACCACAGAAAAAGUUUAUCUUGCUUGUCAUGUGAAGCAUUUCACGGUUUUGAAUCCAUUAAAAAUGAAAAAUCUCUUAAAGACAUUACUGGCACUUCAUUUUCAGUUUUUAAUAUUUUGCUCAAGUUGAUGCCUGAUGUCAAUCGUUUGGUGGUCUCUAAUGAAAAUGCUUUAUUAAUAUUUUUAAUGAAAUUGAAAUUAGGUUUAACUUAUUCCUCUUUGGCUGUAUUUUUUGGAGUACACCGAACAACAAUAUCUAGAAUAUUUACUGAUACCCUUCUUACAUUAAGCGUAAAAACAAAAAAUUUAAUAUUCUGGCCUAAUAAGAGAACUAUUUCAGCUUUGCUUCCUGAAGCAUUUAAGAAAAACUAUCCAAACUGUAGAUGCAUAAUUGAUUGCACAGAGUUAAAAGUAGAACAACCUAAUACUGUAGAACAGAGAGUUUACAUGUAUUCAAGGUACAAAGGGUCUUAUACUGUUAAAUUUUUAGUAGCCAUAACACCUAAUGGUAUGAUUAGUUUUGUGUCAAAAUGUUAUGGUGGUCGGUCUAGUGACUCAUUUAUAACCAAUGAUAGUGGAUUUUUAGCUCUUUUAGAAUCUGGUGAUGAAGUUCUUGCCGACAAAGGAUUCCCAGGAAUAAAAACCACAGAUGAAAAUGUUGUUAUUGUAAUGCCUCCAUUUUUACACAAUGGUAGGUUUUCAGAAGAUGAAAUUCUAGAAACCUAUAAUAUAGCAAGUGUAAGAAUACACAUAGAACGGUUGUUUGCUAGGUUGAAGACGUUUGGCAUACUUAAUAAAUUAACAAUCGAUUACUUACCAUUUAUUGAUAACAUUGUUCAUAUGUGCUGUGUUUUGACAAACAUGCAAGCACCUAUUAUUAAGCAAUAA